AUGAUGUUUGAGACCUUCAACACCCCAGCUAUGUAUGUGGCUAUCCAGGCUGUGCUGUUCCUGUAUGCCUCUGGGCGUACUACAGGUAUCAUCAUGGACUCUGGCACUGUGUGGGUGACCCCAUCCCCAAUCUAUGAGGGCUACGCCCUGCCCCAUGCCAUCCUGCGUCUGGACUUGGCUGGCCAUGACAUGAAUGACUACCUCAUGAAGAUCCUGACGGAGAGAGGCUACAGCUUCACCACCAUGGCUGAAAGGAAAAUUGUGCAUGACGUCAAGGAGAAGCUCUGCUCUGUCGCCUUGGACUUCAAGCAGGAAAUGGCCAUGGCUGCUUCAUCUUCCUCCCUGGAGAAGAGCUAUGAGCUGCCUGAUGGUCAGGUGAUCACUAUUGAGAAAGAAAGGUUCCGGUGCCCAGAGGCCAUCUUGCAGUCCUCCUUCCUGUAG